AACAAAAUUAUCAUAAAAGCUCCCCAAAUUACGUAGGUUUUAAUAAUUUAGAUUCCCUAAUUUCGAUAAUAAAAAAAUAAGGUGGUUUCCCUCGUGUUCUUCAUUUAGCAAAGAAUGAAAUGGAGAUCUUUUUAAAGCUGAUUUGUUCAUUUUGUGCUUUGUUGUUGUCAUUUUCAAGUUACACCCAACACCCAUUUCACGCCACAAGUUUUCCAAGAUUCCCACUAAUUUAAUCUUGGCUUUUAGCAUAAUACAUGGAGUUUAACCAUGUCUUAUAUUACUCAUCACCAAGUGAAGUUGUUAUAAUUUUUAGUCUUUAGAUACUUGUUUGCUUCUCCUCUGCAUUGCCAAGAUUUACACUUUGUCAUGCCAGCUCUAGAAUUUGACUCCAAACGACGAUGAAUUCCAUGACAUUUUCUUGUUGGAAUCAUUGAUUUUUUUAUUCCUGGAUAUACAACUUUAAGCUUGCCUCAACUGUGUGUAUAUAAACUAAGAAUUUGAUGGUGCUUGACUUGUGGGUUUGUGAAUACUGUUAAUUAAGGUAGUUGGGAUUUGAGUACUGCAGUCAUUAAUGGAGUUGAAAUUGCUUGAUUCUAAAUCGGUGUCCUUAUCCGAGAUAGCUCUCGUGGGAAGGACAUACUCGAGUCCAUUUUCGAGUUUAGGGCAUGUGGCAGGUGUUAGAUUCUCUCCAGAGCUCGGUUCUUGCAGAGGGAUAUUUCUGAAGGUGUCUAGUUCAAGUACUUCAAAUGGUACUUAUCUUUCAAAGAAGUCUAUUAAUUCAGCUGACCAAGAAAAUACUGUUCCUGAGAAUUUUUUGUAUCGGAUUAAUGGAGCAAAUGGUUCUAAUUCAAGUCUGUUUUCUGGGUGUAUGAAAGAGCUUGAUGCGUUUGACGAUGAGUAUGGUGGUGUAGUUGUUGAUUCAAAUUGUCUACCAAAGAAUUCAGAUGACUUUGCUGCUUCUCUUCAUUUUUCGCUUGCUCAUUGGAAAAUAAGGGGAAAGAAGGGAAUUUGGCUUAAGUUGCCAGUGGAGCGAUCAGAGCUUGUUCCCAUUGCUGUAAAGGAAGGUUUCCAGUAUCACCAUGCAGAGCCAGCAUAUUUGAUGUUGACUUACUGGCUUCCUGAAGAACCUUGUAUGCUUCCUGCUAAUGCUACACAUCAAGUAGGGGUGGGGGGAUUUGUCAUCAAUGACAACAAUGAGGUUCUUGUAGUACAAGAGAAAUUCUGUGCUCCAUCCUUUUUGGGUCUUUGGAAAAUUCCAACUGGUUUCAUUCAUGAGUCAGAGGAGAUUUACACAGGAGCUGUGAGAGAAGUCAAGGAGGAAACUGGUAUUGAUACUGAGUUCAUUGAAGUUGUGGCAUUCAGGCAUGCUCACAAUUUGGCUUUUGACAAGUCAGAUUUGUUCUUUGUUUGCAUGUUGAAACCCUUAUCAACUCAGUUCAUUGUUGACGAUCUUGAAAUUCAAGCAGCCAAGUGGAUGCCCUUACUUGAGUUUGUGGAGCAGCCAUUGAUUCAAGGAGACAGCAUGUUCAAGAAAAUAAUAGAUAUUUGUAUUGCACGGUUGGGCAAACGUUAUUGUGGGUUAUCUGCUCAUCAUUUGGUCUCCAAAUUUGAUGGCAGGCUAUCCUGCCUAUACUAUAAUGUUAUCGACUCUGCAAAUGACAACUGCAGAGGCACCUGAGGCAGUCCAAUAUAGUACUUCCCAUUGCUUACCAAGUUACCAUCCCUUGCCUGUUGUCUUGUGGAAAUGCAUCUCUUAUUUCCCCUUGGUGUGUUCAUGGAUAGCAACAAAAGUGCAAACGCAUGGAAUUAAAAAUUAAAGGGUAAAUAUUGCAAACUUUCGGAACUACAGCUUAUAUGUAACAUAUAUUUAUGUUUCUUGCUUUCUUUAUCUCUGGCUGGAGAGAAGUAACAUGUAAUUUAAAAUCUCUGAAUGCAAAAUAUUCUUAAUUUUAGUUUUAUUGUACACGUGUAACAUUCACAAUUUCUUCUAUCUCUAAUAGAUAUACAAUGUAUAUUCCUUCUGCAA